ACUUUUCUUUUAGCUAUAAAGUAGAAGGCUCAAAUCAAACUACUUCAAAUGGCGAAAUCAUUUUAUUUCGGAAUUUUUGUAAUCAUUUGUGUGCUUACUACAGUAAAUCAUGUAAUUGCUGGAGGUGGACAACAAUUUUCCUGUGCUGAUUUUGAAAUCUCUCCAGUGGCUUGUGAUGGAAUGUGUACACCACCUCUCGAAGUAACAGAUUUUGGAGGAGGCGUUUGCUGUUGUGCUGCAUUUUAAUUCUGAAUAAUAAAGCUUUGAAAUCAGAAUUUAAUUCAAUCAAAUAAUUUGUUGUGGAGUUUAUUUAUAUGACAAAUAAUGAUCUUAAGAAGUUUCUCAAACACUUGCAGUAGCACGUUAUUG